AUGACAGAGAAGGAGACCCAGUACCCGGUGUCCCAAUUGGGACCGACCACUGUAAAGGAAAGGAAGUUCCUAAUGGAACGAUACCUGAAGGCAAAAGACGUCUGGAAGGUCAUUGAGCAUGCUACCAAGAUCCGAAAGGAACAGAAGGUGGACGAGCAUCCUACGGAACAUCAAACUGUCGUUCCUACGAUACCACCUAGGCGCUCUACACCUAUUUCUCUGCCAAAUUCGCCGGGGCCCGUCGGCUCGCAGACAGAAAUAUAUAUUCUAGCGACUCAACACUCGCCCGUAUCGCCCGCAAAGGCCCCUCCGCUAAAGCGCCAACGCUUGCCGCCUAUCGUUCCGCUUGAUAGUCAGACCGGCGAGCCGCUAUAUAGUCAGCCUCUAAUGCAGCCGAUUUACUACGAUAACGAGUAG